AUGAGCCGCCACCGCAACUUCCGCAACCGCGCCUACUCGUACGAUGACGAAGAGUACGACGAGGACUAUUAUGACGAGGAGCCGUACUCGCCCAACUCGCAGGCUCAUCUGUACCGGCGCGACUCGCCGACCAAGUCUGUCUUUUCUUUCCUCGAGCAGCAGCCCAAGGACACCGAGGCCUUUGACGACUCGGAGCUCAUCCAGCCGAUUCUGGACCAAAUCAAGCGCACGUUUGACGUUGGCGUCAUGCCGCAUGCGACGCUCGUCGAGCAAGUUCGCAGCAACAACUACGACGUCGAUAAGACGGUGAUCGCGCUCAUGGAGCUCAAGAAGAAGACGACGUCCAUGACUGCAGUCGCGAGCUUACCCAAGCAGAUUGUGAUCCCGCGCCUCGAGACGCUCGCCCUCGACGAGCCCAAGGCCAAGGCCGCACCGGCACCCAAGAAGGUCGAAGCGCAGCCGGUGGCUUCGUCCUCGAACGCGGCACUCGUUGGCUACCAGCUCACGCCGACGGAGCGGGCGGCGUUUGAGAAGGCGGAGAAGGCGAGCCAGGACAAGUGUCUUGGCGCCAUGACGGCCGAAGCCGACGCCAAGCACAAGAUCAGCAUGGUCGUGAUCGGACACGUGGACGCGGGCAAGAGCACGAUCACGGGCCACCUCCUCUUCAGCCUCGGCUACGUGAGCAAGCAGGUCAUGCACAAGUACGAGAAGCAGUCGCGCGAGGCCGGCAAGUCGUCGUUUGCAUUUGCGUGGGUCAUGGACGCCGACGAGGAAGAGCGCCUGCGCGGUGUCACCAUGGAUGUCGGCACAUCGUACUUUCAGACCGCAACCAAGCACGUGACGCUGCUCGAUGCCCCGGGGCACCGUGACUUUAUCCCGAAGAUGAUUGCCGGCGCGUCGCAAGCCGAUGUCGCCGUCCUCGUUGUGCCUGCGUCGACGGGCGAGUUUGAAGGCGCGUUCAUGAAGGACGGCCAAACCAAGGAGCACACGCUGCUCGUGCGCAGCCUCGGCGUGACGCAGCUCAUCGUCGCUGUCAACAAGAUGGAUUCGAUCAAUUGGGCCAAAGACCGCUUCGAUUUCAUCGUCGAGACGCUCACGGCGUUCCUCCAGCAGUCGGGCUUCAAGCUUGACCAGUUGCGCUUUGUGCCGGUGAGCGGUCUCUCGGGUGGAAACCUCAUUGCGCCGCUACCCGCGACCGACUGCGCGUGGUACAAGGGCCCGACGCUCGUGGGGGCCAUCGAUGGCUUUUACCCGCCCCAGCGCCCGGUCACCAAGCCGUUCCGCAUGGGGAUUUCGGAUAUCUCCAAGUCGAUGAGCCUCGGGCAGACGGUGUCGGGCCGCAUCUAUACGGGCGCCGUCUCGACCGGCGACACGCUGCUCUUGAUGCCGGGUGGUCUCCGUCUCACGGUCAAGGGGAUGGAGCAGAACGGCGGGUCGAUUCUCAUGGCGUCGGCUGGCGACAAUGUCGAUUUGGGCGUCACCGGCAUCGACCCGAGUGCACUGAGCGUCGGCAACAUUCUCUGUUCGGUCGCGUCGCCCAUCAAGCUCGUGCGCCGCUUUGAGGCGCAGAUCAUGACCAUGCCGGGGGUCGAAGUGCCGCUUGUCAAGGGCGCGUACAUGACGUUCCACAUCCACAGCAUCGACGAGCCGGUCAACAUUACGCGGCUCGUGAGUCUCUUGAAGAAGUCGGGCGAAGUCGAAAAGAAGAAGCCGCGCUGCAUCACACGCAACUGCUCGGCCGUCGUGCAAAUCACGUGCACGCGGCCCAUUUGCCUCGAGCUCUUUGCCGACUUUCGCCAGCUCGGCCGCUUUACGCUGCGCGACCGUGGCGCGACGCUCGCCGCCGGCAUCAUCACCGAGAUCCUCGCAUAAGAAUGUCUUUGCUGCCACUUGGUUCAAUACAACAACAGCCUGCAUCC